AUUAUGUAUAAAUUCUUGGUAUCAAGAUGGGUGGAUCCUUUGAUUGGCGUGGGAAUUGGUGUCUGUGCGUACUAUUUGCAUGAGACAAGAUCCCAUACUCCAGAGGGCAAAAGAAUCAAGGAUAUCAUUUACAGGAGGUUCAUCAGUUCCAAGAACGAAUGA